AUGAAGUAUGUUGCAUUAAAUUCAUUACCUGAGAAUGAUGUACCGCCAGAUCUCAUGACUGUUGAGACUGAUGAUGAUAUAGUCGCUGUUGACAAUUGUUCUCCUGAUGUAGGCCCUCUUACUGAUAACCCCUCGGAGGAUAUUGUUUAUGAUGACUCAACAGAAAUGAAUAUUUUUUUACCUGUCGGUGUACAACAACAACAGGAUAUAGAAGCUCUUAAAAGUCAGGUUUCUGAAAGUGAGCCAAUGCUGUGGCCCUCACUUGACAAUGAACCAUUAAAUGAGUAUCAGGUAUCACAUCUGGCCACAAUGGCUUUCCCAACAUUUUUUCCAGUUGGGAAAGGUGAUCCUACUAAUCAAGGACUUUUGAGAGAUGUCCUUCUUCAUGAACGAAUGAAGCAUCUUUUAAAAUUUGCUGAAAUUAUUGAUGGUAAUUGGGUGUACCGUUUUCCUAACCACCCAAGAUUUUCUCAUUGGGCUUUCAACAUGAUCCAAAGAAAACAAAUCUUACAGCAUAGUGGAAUAUUUCUUAAACAAAACCCAGGUGAAGCACAUCUCACCAUUGAUAAACUGUGUGAAAUGGCUGCCAGUAACACUGCUAAUAUAAUAUUGCUGGUACUAAUGCCUACUGGAAUAAAGUAA